AUGGCCGACGCAGCGGCUACUGCCGGGGCCGGCGGCUCCGGGACGAGAUCAGGAAGUAAGCAGUCCACUAACCCGGCUGAUAAUUACCAUCUGGCUCGGCGGCGAACUCUGCAAGUGGUGGUGAGCUCCUUGCUGACAGAGGCAGGCUUUGAGAGCGCCGAGAAAGCAUCCGUGGAAACCUUGACGGAGAUGCUCCAGAGCUACAUCUCCGAAAUUGGGAGGAGCGCCAAGUCGUACUGUGAGCAUACAGCCCGCACCCAGCCCACGCUGUCGGAUAUCGUGGUCACCCUGGUUGAGAUGGGUUUCAAUGUGGAAACUCUCCCUGCUUAUGCCAAACGGUCUCAGCGGAUGGUGAUCACCGCCCCUCCAGUGACCAACCAGCCGGUGACUCCAAAGGCCCUCACUGCGGGGCAGAACCGACCCCAUCCACCGCACAUCCCCAGCCACUUCCCUGAGUUCCCCGACCCCCACACCUACAUCAAAACACCGACAUACCGAGAGCCUGUGUCUGACUACCAGGUCCUGCGGGAGAAGGCUGCGUCCCAGCGGCGAGACGUGGAGCGGGCACUCACCCGCUUCAUGGCCAAGACGGGCGAGACCCAGAGUCUGUUCAAAGACGAUGUCAGCACAUUCCCACUGAUCGCUGCCCGGCCCUUUACCAUCCCCUACCUGACGGCCCUGCUUCCAUCUGAACUGGAGAUGCAGCAGAUGGAAGAGACGGAUUCCUCGGAGCAGGAUGAGCAGACAGACACAGAGAAUCUUCCUCUUCACAUCAGCACGGAUGAUUCUGGAGCCGAGAAGGAGAAUACCUCAGUUCUGCAGCAGAACCCCUCCCUGACAGGGAGCCGGAAUGGGGAGGAGAACGUCAUUGAUAACCCCUACCUGCGCCCCGUGAAGAAGCCCAAGAUCCGCAGGAAGAAGUCCCUCUCGUGAGCCAUGGAGAACCUGCCCUGGACCAGGGCCUGGAUCCACCCUCGGGGGGCUGAGACUGUUGGAGGGAAGAAGAGAAUGGAGACCUUCUUGUGGUCCAGCGACGGCCAGGGUGUGGCUGGGGAUGAUUUUAAUAGCUGACUCUUCUCUCACGUCGACCAUGUCUUCCCUGGAUGUUCAGGCAGCAGGAGGCUUGGAGUUAGAUGCUAUGUUGGUGGGCAGCAACCUCCUACUCCACAGGCUAGGUGCAGCCAAUGGUUUCUUUUAGCCCAGGAAUUGAUUUUCUUGGAACCCAGGGGACCAGGGCAGGAGCAGGAAUGAAAGAAUUCUUUGUGUGUUUUGUUCACUUGCCGGAGACUGUCUAACUUGUACCCCCAGAUCUCUAGACCCCUUUCAUGGCCUCACAGUUUGCAGUUUAUCAUCCUCAAGUCUUGUGCUUAUGUCUCCUUUCCCCGUGGAGCUCCUGGCAGGUGAC